GGCCCUUGCGAUUCGGGCCUGGGAACCCGCGCGAUGAAGUGCGUAUUUGUUACUGUUGGGACCACGAGCUUUGACGACCUCAUUGCGUGUGUCUCGGCGCACGACACUCUGCAAAUAAUCAAGAGACUUGGCUACGACCGACUCGUUCUCCAGAUAGGUAGAGGGAAGGUGGUACCCGAACCAUUCCGUACUGAGUCCUUUGCUCUGGAUGUUUACAGGUACAAGGAUUCAUUGAAAGAAGAUCUUGAGAAAGCAGAUCUUGUUAUUAGUCACGCAGGUGCAGGAAGCUGUUUGGAGACUCUGGAAAACAGAAAGCCCCUUGUGGUGGUUAUAAACGAAAAGUUGAUGAACAAUCAUCAGCUGGAAUUGGCAAAGCAGCUACACAAAGACGGGCAUCUCUUCUACUGUACUUGCAGGGUCCCGACUUGUACCGGGCGAGCCAGCCCUUUGUCUCCUGCUCCUGAGAAGUGCCAGGAUUCUACAGCGCUGACAACUGCCUUCUCAUCCCUAGACUCUGGGCUGCUUUCCGGAUACCUGCAUAAGCAAGCCCUUGUCACUGCUACCCAUCCUACCUGCACCUUGCUUUUUCCUUCUUGCCGCAUUUGUUCCUUUCUCCCCAUCCUCACCCCCACCCCUGGCAAAAUGCAUAAAGGAUGGAAAAAGUACUGCGGCCAGAAGUCUCUGAAUGAGACAUCAAUGGAUGAAUAUUUAGGCAGCUUAGGGCUGUUUCGAAAGCUGACUGCCAAGGAUGCCUCUUGCCUCUUUCGGGCUAUUUCGGAGCAGUUGUUUUGCAGCCAGGUCCAUCAUUUGGAAAUCAGGAAGGCUUGUGUCUCCUAUAUGAGAGAAAAUCAACAAACUUUUGAGUCUUAUGUGGAGGGAUCUUUUGAGAAAUACCUGGAACGGUUGGGAGAUCCCAAGGAAAGUGCUGGCCAGCUGGAAAUAAGAGCUCUUUCUCUAAUUUAUAAUCGGGAUUUCAUUCUUUAUCGCUGUCCCGGAAAGCCUCCAACUUGUGUCACAGAUAAUGGCUAUGAAGACAAGAUUCUACUCUGCUAUUCAAGUAAUGGCCAUUAUGAUUCAGUGUACUCAAAACAAUUUCAGUCAAGUGCAGCUGUUUGCCAGGCUGUACUGUAUGAAAUUCUCUAUAAAGAUGUGUUUUUUGUGGAUGAAGAAGAGUUGAAGACUGCAGUUGAAUUGUUUCGAAGUGGUUCCAAAAAGAACAGAAACCAUGCUCUGACUGGCAGCGAGGAUGUCCAUGUUGACUACAAGAGUUCAGCUUGUAAUAGGAGUGAAGAGUUGGGUGCCUGCUGCAAUGUUGAAAAUACACCAGAGGGGUGCAAUCAAGGAACAGAAGAAGCAAAGUCUCCAGAGAGUCCAUCAAAGAUGCUCUUCCCGUAUAAGGUGCUUAAAGCCUUGGAUCCAGAAAUCUAUCGUAAUGUAGAAUUUGAUGUUUGGUUGGACAGCAGAAAAGAACUUCAAAAAACUGAUUACAUGGAGUAUGCUGGGAGACAGUACUAUUUGGGAGACAAGUGUCAGGUUCGCUUGGAAUCAGGUGGAAGAUAUUAUAAUGCUCAUAUUCAAGAAGUUGGAAAUGAGAAUAAUUCCGUUACAGUCUUCAUUGAAGAAUUGGCAGAAAAGCAUGUUGUUCCACUGGCUAACUUAAAACCAGUUACCCAAGUCACACCUGUUCCUGCCUGGAGUGGUAUGCCCAGUCGGAAAGGAAGAGGUUACCAGAAAAUUUCCGGGGGCUAUGUCCCAGAAAUGGCUAUGUCAGAGAUGGACAUGAAGCAACGGAAGAAGAUGUUCAAAAAAGUUAGAGGAAAAGAGGUUUAUGUGACUAUGGCUUACGGCAGGGGAGACGCCUUCCUCCCGCCCAGGCUUCAGCACAGCAUGCAUUAUGGGCACGACCCUUCAGUGCACUACGCACAGACAGCUGCCAAUGUCCUGUCUAAUGAGCAUUUCCAUCCUCAACAUCCACCUCAGAGACAGGGUCGGGGAUAUGGGAUGCCCAGGGAUUCAUCUCGCUUUAUCAACAGGCAUAACAUGGAAGCCCCUAAAGUUGGUUUUUACCCUGGCCCAGGUAAAAGGUGUUGCCAGGGCUAUGAUAACUUCUCCUAUAGAUCUCGUUCCUUUAGACGUAGUCACCGCCAGAUGCAUUGCAUGAACAAGGAGUGCCAGUAUAGCUUUGCCCCAGAGAAUGGACAGAUGCCCAGGGGCGUAGAAGAAACCAUUACCUUUUACGAAGUUGAGGAAGGGGAUGAGACUGCUUAUCCAACUUUACCUAGUCAUGGAGGGCCCUCCACACUGGUUCCUGCUGCUUCGCGAUACUGUGUUGCAAGGCGAGGACAUAGCUCAGGCAAACAGACCUUGAACUCAGAAGGGGCCAGUGGCCAGAGUCACAAUGGGAGAUAUCAUGAAGAUUAUAUUUAUCCUUCAGAACCAGACUAUGAAACUUCAGGUGUUUAUAGCACAACUGAAUCUGCAGCAAACUUGUCUCUUCAGGACAGAAGACCAUGUUCUAUGUCUCCUCAGGACACAGUUACCUCAUACAACUAUCCCCAGAAGGUGAUGGCAAAUUCUGUAGCAGGUGCAGCUUCCUGUGCCAAUAAUGUUCCAGCUCCAGUCUUACCUAGCUGUGCAGCAGCUAAUGAAGCUAGUAGUACCGCUUCAGCCUCCUCACAGAAUGCUGUACCGCCUCUACUCACGUCUCCAUCUAUGCAAAGCAGGCCAGUGAUUGCUUCGCCAUCCUAUCCAUACCUUUCUCCUCCUAUUCCUGCUGCUGCUGCUGCCACUGCCACCACUGCUGCUCCUUUACCACCUCCACCUCUUGAGGUGGGAGAGGCUUCAAACUUCCCACCACCACCACUUCCACCUCCACCUUAUUCCUGUGAUCCAAGUGGUAGUGAUCUGCCUCAAGAUACAAAAGUUUUGCAGUACUAUUUCAAUCUGGGAUUGCAGCAUAUUAAUGGUACUGUUCCAAAUGCUGACCCUGCAUCUGUCCCUCCUGGAGCAGUCUAUUAUCCAGUGAUGUCAGAUCCCUAUGGGCCUCCACCAUUGCCAGGUUUUGAUUCCUGUCUUCCUGUUGUGCCCGAUUAUCCCUAUGUUGCCCCCUGGCAUUCAGUUGGUGCAGCAUGUGGUGGCUCUUCUCAAAUUCAUGGUGCUAUGAAUCCUGGGCCAGUUGGCUAUGUUGCUUCACCUCCCUCAGCUUCUCAUUACAUACCUCAGAACAUGUAA